AGCGUUACCAUGGUCUUCUCCAUCCCACCGAUAGAUACCCAUCCCGCCUGUUUCACUUUAACGACCAGCUUCCACCAAGUCCCAGAGCCUGACCGACGUUGCCCGACCGCAGAAUGCACGGGGGAAAAAGAGGACUGGUGGCACCACAGAACACUUUUUUGGAAAACAUUGUCCGUCGCUCAAGUGAGACAAGUUUCUUGCUGGGGAAUGCACAGAUCGUGGAGUGGCCUAUAGUUUACAGUAAUGACGGAUUCUGCAAGCUCUCUGGAUACCACAGGGCAGAGGUCAUGCAGAAGAGCAGCACCUGCAGUUUCAUGUAUGGAGAACUGACAGACAAGAAGACAAUAGACAAAGUCAGACAGACCUUUGAUAACUAUGAAUCCAAUUGCUUUGAAGUGCUGCUCUAUAAGAAGAACAGAACCCCUGUGUGGCUCUACAUGCAGGUGGCCCCCAUCAGGAAUGAGAAUGAUAAGGUGGUCCUGUUCCUCUGCACUUUUAAGGAUAUCACUGUCUUCAAGCAGCCCAUUGAAGAUGAGACCACCAGAGGAUGGACCAAGUUUGCCAGGCUGACCAGGGCAUUAACCAAUAGCCGGGGUACACUGCAGCAAAUCACGCCUAUGAACAAGACUGAGGUCAGCCACAAGCAUUCACGACUGGCAGAGGCUCUUCAGCUGGGCUCUGACAUCCUUCCACAAUACAAGCAAGAGGCUCCUAAAACUCCGCCUCACAUUAUCCUGCACUACUGCACCUUUAAGACCACUUGGGACUGGGUCAUCCUCAUCCUCACCUUCUACACGGCCAUCAUGGUGCCCUACAAUGUCUCCUUUAAGACCAAACAGAACAACCUGGUGUGGUUGGUGCUGGACAGCGUGGUGGAUGUCAUCUUCUUAGUGGAUAUUGUGUUGAACUUUCAUACUACCUUUGUGGGACCUGGAGGAGAGGUCAUAUCAGACCCAAAGCUCAUACGCAUGAACUACUUGAAGACCUGGUUUGUCAUAGACCUACUGUCUUGCCUGCCCUAUGACAUCAUCAAUGCCUUUGAAAAUGUGGAUGAGGAUCCCAUUGCAGACCCUUCUGCAGUGGGACACUUGCCAGCUGCGGCCCACUCUUCGCGGAAUGCCACGCGUGCAGAGGACUCAGUGUUGCCUGGUCUAAGCAGCCUCUUCAGCUCACUGAAAGUGGUGCGAUUGCUCCGCCUGGGUCGAGUGGCACGCAAACUGGACCAUUAUCUGGAAUACGGUGCUGCUGUAUUAGUUUUACUGGUGUGUGUCUUUGGCCUGGUGGCACAUUGGCUGGCCUGCAUCUGGUACAGCAUUGGUGAUUGUGAGGUCAUCGAUGAGGCCACCAACAGCAUCAAGACGGACAGCUGGCUUUAUCAAUUAGCUAUCAGCAUUGGCACACCAUACCGGUACAAUGCCAGUGGCUCUGGCCAGUGGGAAGGUGGUCCUAGAAAGCACACGCUCUACAUAUCUUCUCUCUAUUUCACCAUGACAAGUCUCACCACCAUUGGAUUUGGAAACAUUGCUCCAACUACCGAUGGGGAGAAGAUAUUCUCUGUGGCCAUGAUGAUGGUGGGCUCUCUUCUCUACGCCACCAUCUUUGGAAACGUGACCACCAUCUUUCAGCAGAUGUACACCAACACCAACCGUUACCACGAGAUGCUGAACAACGUGAGAGACUUCCUGAAGCUCUACCAGGUGCCUAAAGGACUGAGCGAAAGAGUUAUGGACUACAUUGUGUCUACGUGGGCCAUGACCAAAGGCAUAGACACAGAGAAGGUUUUGUCCAUCUGUCCUAAAGACAUGCGUGCAGACAUCUGUGUACACCUGAACCGGCAGGUAUUCAAUGAGCACCCUGCCUUCCGGUUGGCCAGCGACGGCUGUCUGCGCUCUUUGGCGGUGGAGUUCCAAACCACACACUGCGCUCCAGGAGACCUCAUCUUCCACGCAGGGGAGAGCGUGGAUACUCUUUGCUUUGUGGUAUCUGGCUCAUUGGAAGUCAUUCAGGAUGAUGAGGUUACUGCCAUUUUAGGUAAAGGUGAUGUGUUUGGUGACGUGUUCUGGAAGGAAACCACUCUGGCUCAUGCCUGUGCUAACGUUAGAGCUCUGACAUACUGUGAUCUGCAUGUGAUCAGGAGAGAAGCCUUACUCAAAGUGCUGGAGUUUUACACGGCUUUUGCCAACUCUUUCUCUCGCAACCUCAUCCUCACCUGCAACCUUCGCAAGCGGAUAAUUUUUCGCAAGAUUGUUGAUGUGAAGAAGGAGGAAGAGGAAAGGAGACACCUGAAGAACGAAGUGACGCUGUCCAUCCCUGUGGACCAUCCUGUCCGCAAGCUCUUCCAAAAAUUCAAACAGCAAAAGGAGAUGCGUACCCAAGGUCCAUCGCAACCUGACCUGGAGAGGAACCAGUUUCAGGUGGAGCAUCAUCUCCAUCCACUGUCCCACCAGCUCCAUCAGCAGCAUUAUCAGCCCCAAUACCAGGGCCACCAUCCCUUUCAACAUCACCAUGUGGCCCCCAUACAAAACGGGGUCCCUGGCUCAGGCAAUGGGAACAGUGGUUCUAGUGUUGUGACUGUCUCACAGAUAACCCCAAUCCAGAGUGCCCUAGCCUACGUUCAGACUGAGGAACCAAGCAGGAGCAAUGACCAUGAGUCUAUGGAGCUUAAGCCUAGCUUUGGUGUAGAGGACCAGAGUUGUCUCAAGGUAACAAGUCCUGUAAGACCCAGAGGAGGAAAGGGACGAGGCUGGAUGCGUUUCCAUAAUGCUGCAUCAGGAGCUUCUCCCAUGCUUCCACUGGAACUGGACAAGCAGCAGCAGAAGGAAGAGGAAUGGGGGGACAUGGCCCAGCCCCUGAAUGUGAUCUCUGAGGAUGGCAAGAUCCAGGAAGCUCAGGGUGGGGGGUCUAGUGAUAGGGGUCCAGGUGGAAAUGGAAAUGGUAACAGCAGUGAUGAGACAGAUGAGAAUAGUGCCCUGCACAAGACUGAUUCUUGUGACAGUGGAAUCACAAAGAGUGACUUGCGUAUCGACAGGGUUGGUGAUUUGCGAAGCCCUUAUGAAAGGUGCCUAAUGGAGAGGAGUCCAAUGGAAAGGAGCCCAUAUGAUCAGCUCAGUCCUGGGGUGUGUGAUGUGACUCUUCGUGGUAUUCACUUUCAGUCUGUACCUGAACAGGCUAUGCUUCAAAACAGCCUGCACGAGGCUAAGCUGGAACUAAAGGGGGACAUCCAGACACUAAAUAGCCGGUUAGCGGCACUGGAGGACCAAGUGGGUGAGAUUUUAAGAUUACUCUCGGAGAACAGGAAACCUUCCCAAUCUUCUCAGACCUCCUCACCAAAAACCAAACCUCAGUGCCAGGACAUCUUUGCUGUUUCUCAGCCUGUUACUCCAGAUACAGAGGGGGACGAUGGACCCUUUUGAAUUAGGAGAAAUAUGUUUGUUUAUUUAUUAGAUAUUGCUGGUUUUAUUUAUUAAUUCCCUUCCUCUCACUCAGGAAGGAAAGAUGAAAACUGAUGAAUAGAGGAAGAAUUCUUGCUGUUGUAAAUAUUUUCUUGCAUGUCCAGCUGGAAUCUGGCCUGCCAAUGAAAAUCUUCUCUAAGGAUAGUUGUUGCUUGUACAUGUAAGGAGUAAGCUGCAUGCAGAGAUGAUUUAAAAAGGCACUUUUAUUCUGACCUUGCACAUGGGAUCUCCUAACUAUUGUAAGUGAUAUUUCAGGGCAUUUUAUCUUUGGGAGAUGGCUUGAUAUUCCAGACCUGGGUUUUUGGGUUGCUGUAAGACAAAAUCAAGCUUGGUUUAGUGCCUCCGUCAUUGUUUGAGCAGAGUGCUCUUCAUAGUGACCUGCUGUGAAUGGCUACAGUCACUCAAUACAGCUUGCUCAAAUAACCCAAUAUUUCUUCCCCCUCCAGUAUGCAGAGUUCUCCUUUAUAAGCAUAGUGAUUGGAAAUGGAAGCUUGCAAGAUUGUUUGCCUACAUGAUUUCUUGGAUGUGAUUAAGAAGUUAAUCCAAUAACUAAACACUUUUUGAUAUAAGAAACUCAUUUUGUUGCCACACUUUGUUUCAAAUUCCUUAAAUCAUUAUCCCCUGUAUUUUAUUUUGUGGAACAUUGUAGUACAUAAGAGAGAAAUAACAUGUUUUCAAAAGAUAUACAUGCAUGCUGGAUGGAUAUGUGGUAAGCUCUGGCAUGGUAGGACUAGGGACUUAUUGUUUUUACAAUUUUCAAUUAUGCAAUACAGAAAGUGCAAGUCUCAAUGGGGGCCUGCAUUUUGGCGGAAAGCUCACUCUUGUGGCAUUAUUUGAAGCAUGAACACAUUCAGGCCAUUUGGAAAUUAUACAAGCAUGCACUGAACUUUUUGCAUGACAUCAGCAUUGCGUGUUACAUUAAUAGACAUAGUAUAAAAAGUCAUGGAUUUCUAGUAUUGUUUCCCAACACCGAAAUAGAUAUGAAAAUAGACUACCCAUUAGUCAUUUAAAUGCAGAUGAAUUUGUCAUAACUCUCACAUUUUAAUCAGGCUUUCAUGUAUAGUGCUCCACAGGUACCCAAACUAAAGCCAUGUCACUUGACCACCCACAGCUUCAUGAAAAAAAAAAAUUGCCCAAAAAUUAAAAUUCUGUCAUCUAUUAAUUUUUUUUGAGUUUGGAAAAACAUGAGAGUGAGUAAAUGAUGAUAGAACUUUAAUUUUUGGGUGAACUAACCCUUUAAGUGUUUAAUUUGGAAGGUGAUGAUUUCGAAAAUGAUCAUUUGAUCCUGCUGUUGGAAACUUUCUAAAUUAUUCUUGUUAUUACAUUAACUAACAGUAACUCAUCACAUAUUAGCAUACUCGUGGGUACUUUAGAGGGUUUAUAGCAUAAUGACUAAUGCUACUUCACCUCUUAUUUCCCAUCAGAUCUAUUGUAAUGCAUUCUUACCAAACACAAGUGAUGUUACAUUGUGAACAGGGUUCUUAAGAGAGCAUACUAUGAAGAUUAAUAUCACAAUUACAGUGUAUGGUUGUAUUAAUUUUACUGUUACUGCCUAUAGAUCAUUUAACAUAAAAGCAAUCCACAAACAAACAACAAACUAAAAGUUAUAUGUUUUUUUUUUUUCCAGACAAAGCAAUUGUCUUUACCAUUUAUCCCUCCACUUAUGCAUUAAUUAGAUUCCCAAAACACAUGCUUAUCAAUGUUAAGGCUCUGAUAAUAAUAUUAACUCACUACACUUUUUUGUUAUCACUUCAAGCGUUUAUGAUGUUCCUAUGGACCAAAGACAUUUACUAAUGACUAAUUACAUUUGUACUUGUAUAUUCAGUCUUUUGCUCUAAUCCUCAACCCCAUUAUAACCUGUCAACAGUGUAUGGUUAAAAAGCCUUAUUUGGUUACACUGAUAUGCAAAUGACUCUCCGAAUAACUGUUUGGCUUUUCAAGCAAGUCAAACAUUGGAAAGAUGACAGCAUUCAGAGAAAUAUUUACUGGGCAUAUUUCCAUGAUUUGACAGUGAGAAUUAUAUUUAAACAUGACUACAGUUCACUUUUCAUCUGACAAAAAUGUUGUGGCAUAUACAUAUUAAUAUUAAUGACAGUAAUAAAAGCCUCUAACAAUAACUUACUUUGAGCAUCAUUAAAAAUAUAGCACCCUUAAUAAACUUUAAUAUGCUUUUGUAAUUCAAAUUUUCAUGCCUCUGGCUUUCAUUGUCCUGCACAUCCUCAUUCUGUUUCACUUAUUUUGUCUGCCAUUCAGCCCAGCAGAGAAGAGCACAGACAGUGAAAGGAUUAUUUUUUGAGUCUGCCAUGAAAUUGAAGAGAUGGAUGUAAUAGAUGCUAAAAGCUGCAAUACUGUUGCAGAUGGUGUUAGUCCCUGUAAUCAAAUGGAGCUGAGUCACUGCAUGGUCCACAGGGUGCCUGUUCGGGGGAUUAGGCACAGUUUUCAGAAAGCUAUGAGGGCAUUCAACUCCGCUGCAAGUGGGAACUUAUCAAAGUGGGGAGGGAUUGACAUGUCGUACCCAUUCCUUAUAUAUGCUAGAGCCAACAGUGAGCCACCACAACCCCAGAGGUGUUGGACACUGGGAUUUGACUGCAUGCUGCAUCUUUGAACUGUAUAAAACUUGAUACCAAUGAGAAUGAUGUUUGCCUGCCAAAGCAGUGAUUUUCUGCAACUUUUCAUGCACACACUAACAAAAUGGGCAGAGGUCUUGUCAUUCACAAAAACCAUACAAUUCACAAAAUUAAAUCAUUUAAUUCAAUUGUGUGAAAGAAGACAUGCCAUGUCAAUACAGGAAGCCACUGAUGACUACCAAAAUAUGCUCUGAGAUGCAUGAUAAUCAGCUAAUAUAUAAUAACUGGCAUUAUUUAGGUAUUUAUUAUAUCUCCAAUGUCUAUAAGAAAAGGUCAAAUUGUUAAUUACCUAUUGAGUAAAAGAUUAAAAAGUGUGAUAUUAAUUCAAAAAGCAUAAUGAGGAAUUCUUCCUGCACUAGAAAACAGAUGAUAAAAAAAAAAAGAUUACUGUUGAAUAACACAGAAAAGGAGAUUGUCUCUUACCAAUUAGUUGCCCAAAGGAAACACAGAGAGAAAUCUGAGAAAAUCUGAAGGAAUAGGAUGUUUUUAAAUAAUAAAAAAAAACUAAAUAAUAAAAAAAACUAAUCUCUAAAUAACAUGGGGCACUUUUGUCAUUGGAAUUGUUUUUAAAAUAUGAUCCAAAUGGCUACAUCAGUGCCAUCCCAUAGUUUAGGGUGAACGUAAUGCUGAUUUUAGCAUACAAAUAAUGAUUAUCAAGUGUCCCAAUCUACCAGUUGUUCCACUUUAUCUGUGUUCACUCUACGUCUGGUAGUUUCCAUUUAUAUUGGUCAGGAGCAUUAGGAUAUAAAUAGGUUUUAGACUAAACCGAAAUCCACACACUGUACAACAGGGUUGGUCUUCACUUUCUCUCAGACCUGGGUUUUUCAAAAGCCAGAUUGGUAGAAUGACACUCUAGCUGCAUAUUGCAUUGUUCUCAUAACUGAAGUGCUGCCCUGGCUCCUCUUGCCCUUUUGUGGUAUUAGUGACCACUGAGAUUAUUAAGCUCUUUUUCCACUGUAAAUGAGACUGCCUUUUUAUCAGUGUAAAAAUAUUAUAAUAUUUCUGAGGGAGGUCGGUCAAAGUGUUUAUUUUUACCACACUGGCAUGAAUAUUAAUAAUUUGUUAUAUACAGUGUAUUACACUGAUGUUAGAAAAUAAAAGAUUUAAUUGUGCUAAUUUA